AUGUAUGGCAGGUUCGGCUGCAAGCAUGUAACACUCUGGGAUCUCAUCAACUCUGAAUAUUUGUGUGAGGACAAAAGGCAGGAGUUAUUAAAACUGUACAAGUCAAGGAUGAUCACAAUUGAGGAAAUUAUUGUAAUUAUCCUGGAAAUCAUUGAAAGCAAGGAGAUAAAGUGGCAAGCUGGUCUGAACUUUGAGGGUCUGAGGGGGAAUGUUUCUGUUGUGGACCUUUUGAGGUUGGAAACAGUGGAAGAAAAUACAUACAAAAGUCUGAUUGAAGGGAAACUGACGAGCAAGGAUAUAAUGAAGAUAGACACUGUUAGAACCUACAAUGGCUUGCGAAAGUGUUCACCCCCUUUGGCAUUUUUUCCUAUUUUGUUGCCUUACAACCUGGAAUUAAAAUUGAUUUUUUGGGGGGUUUGUAUCAUUUGAUUUACACAACAUGCCUACCACUUUGAAGAUGCAAAAUAUUUUGGGGGGUGAAACAAGAAAUAAGACAAAAAACUGAAAACUUGAGCGUGCAUAACUAUUCACCCCCCCAAAGUCAAUACUUUGUAGAGACACUUUUUGCAGCAAUUACAGCUGCAAGUCUCUUGGGGUAUGUCUCUAUAAACUUGGCACAUCUAGCCACUGGGAUUUUUGCCCAUACAUCAAGGCAAAACUGCUCCAGCUCCUUCAAGUUGGAUGGGUUCCGCUGGUGUACAACAAUCUUUAAGUCAUACAACAAAUUGUCAAUUGGAUUGAGGUUUGGGCUUUGACUAGGCCAUUCCAAGACAUUUAAAUGUUUCCCCUUAAACCACUCGAGUGUUGCUUUAGCAGUAUGCUUAGGGUCAUUGUCCUGCUGGAAGGUGAACCUCUGUCCCAGUCUCAAAUCUCUGGAAGACUGAAAGCGCCAUCCAUCAUUCCUUUAAUUCUGACCAGUUUCCAGGUCCCUGCCAAUGAAAAACAUCUCCACAGCAUGAUGCUGCCACCACCAUGCUUCACUGUGGGGAUGGUGUUCUCGGGGUGAUGAGAGGUGUUGGGUUUGCGCCAGACAAGGCGUUUUUCUUGAUGGCCAAAAAGCUCCAUUUUAGUCUCAUCUGACCAGAGUACCUUCUUCCAUAUGUUUGGGGAGUCUCCCACAUGGCUUGUGGCGAACACAAAACAUGUUUGACAAUUCUUUUCUUUAAGCAAUGGCUUUUUUCUGGCCACUCUUCCAUAAAGCCCAGCUCUGUGGAGUGUAUGGCUUAACGUGGUCCUAUGGACAUAUACUCCAAUCUCCGCUGUGGAGCUUUGCAGCUCCUUCAGGGUUAUCUUUGGUCUCUUUGUUGCCUCUCUGAUUAAUGCCCUCCUUGCCUGGUCUGUGAAUUUUGGUGGGCGGCCCUCUCUUGGCAGGUUUGUUGUGGUGCCAUAUUCUUUCAAUUUUUUAUAAUGGAUUUAAUGGUGCUCCGUGGGAUGUUCAUAGUUUCUGAUAUUUUUUUAUAACCCAACGCUGAUCUGUACUUUUCCACAACUUUGUCCCUGACCUGUUUGGAGAGCUCCUUGGUCUUCAUGGUGCCGCUUGCUUGGUGGUGCCCCUUGAUCUGUGGUGUUGCAGACUCUGGGGCCUUUCAGAACAGGUGUAUAUAUACACAUGUGACUGAUCAUGUGACACUUAGAUUGCACACAGGUGGACUUUAUUUAACUAAUUAUGUGACUUCUGAGGGUAAUUGGUUGCACCAGAUCUUAUUUAGGGGCUUCAAAGCAAAGGGGGUGAAUACAUAUGCACGCACCACUUUUCCAUUAUUUAUUUUGUAGAAUUUUUUGAAACAAGUUAUUUUUUCAUUUCACUUCACCAAUUUGGACUAUUUUGUGUAUGUCCAUUACAUGAAAUCCAAAUAAAAAAUCCAUUUAAAUUACAGGCUGUAAUGCAACAAAAUAGGAAAAAUGCCAACGGGGAAGAAUACUUUUGCAAGGCACUGUAUCUGAGAGGAAACAGCUAUGUAGCCGGGGAGAUACUCCAACCCUUCAAUCAAAAACUAAGCAUCUAUGAGGCCAAGAAAAAGGGCAUCCUGACUCCUGGUACUGCCCUCUCGUUUCUGGAAGCACAAGCUGCCCACAGGCUUCAUCAUUGACCCUCUUCAGAACCAGAAACUGACUGUGGACCAGGCUCUGAAACAGAAGGUAAUUGGCCCAGAACUGUACAAAAAUCUCUUAUCAGCAGAGAAGGCUACAAAGACCCCUGCGCUGAUAAAAAGAUCUCACUCUUCCAAGCCAUGAAAAAAGAUCUGAUCCUGCAGCAGCAUGGCAUUCAUUUACUUGAAGCUCAGAUUACAACAGGUGGCAUCAUCGACCCAUUGAGGUGUCUUCAUUUGCCCCUUGAAGUUGCAUACAGAGAGGGAUACUUUCAUGCAGAGCUUAAUCACAACCUGACAAAUCUUAGUGAUGACACCAAGGGAUUCUUUGACCCAAGGACACAAGCAAACUUGACUAACAUGGAAAUGAUGGAGCAGUGCAUAAAGGACCCAGAGACGGGUCUGUUUCUUCUGCAACUGAUGGACAAAGCUAAAACACAGGAGAAACCUGAGAAAAUGUACUCAGAUGCUGAGAUGAAACAGGAGUUUGAAAAUACAACUGUUAGCAUUUCAGUGGGGUGUUAUUCAGGAAAGAAUGUCUCUCUUUGGGAUUUGAUUCACUCUGGAUACUUUACUGAUGAUCAGAGACUCCAGUUCCUUGAUAAAUACAGAACAAAGACGAUAACCAUACAAGUAAUCAUCACUUUGGUAAUUUUCACCAUUACAAAACUGGAGAAAAAUUAA